AUGGCCUUCCAAACCAACGUUCUUCGUGGCGGCCAGUGGGUUACCGAGACGGUCGAUUUGCAAGAUGCCCUACAAGCCUCUGCUUCUGAAAAACCGCCUUCGGACCCCCGCCUUCCAGAGCCACCAACUCUUGGUGUUUUGACAAAGACUGUCGUAGAAAGCCCAAUUACCAAAUGGAUCUUACCACUUUCAAUCCGCUCCACCAAGCAACAAGAUCUUGCCUUCAUCGGGGAACACUUCGUUCAGAUAAGUGAGCUCGGAAAGGAUGGUCAAAUUCACGAAGUCAUUAGAAAGAAUGGCUUCGGUCCCAGAAUCCGAAACGCUGUUGUUCUCGGAGUAGGUUCAGACUAUGGCAUCAUCAAUGGUUCUCUGGCAGUUCGAGUCAAAUCAGAGGAUGGUAGUCCCCAACUACAUCAGACCAUUGCUGAGCCACUCGACUCUCCAACCACUCAUCAUGCCAUACCCCCCCAAGUACUCGUUCUUAUCCUCGAGAAUGGCGACGCAGUCUUUCUAUUUCUCCGCAAGGGGCCUGACUCCACGAUCGAGUUCGUCCUCAGUAACUAUAAGCUGCCAAGAUCAGUGCCAUACAUUGGCUUUCAUUUAGCCGUAGACCCAUCCUCUCGCUACAUGGCUGCUUCGUCUCCCGAGGGUGUACUGGUUGUCUACGAGCUUCACGACUGGACGUAUCUCAACUCGCGAUACAUCAAAGACGGCACUUUCUCUCCCAUUCGCAGAAUUCAUUUUCGCACCGUUCAAGGUCUCAUACACAACAUGAAUUUUCUUUUUCCUCGUCCAGAGGACGACUACCACAUCAUACUCUUGCUCGUUGUCAUUCGUAAAGAAAGACACAACACAGAGCCCCUCUCGAGAAUGAUGACAUACGACUGGGAACUCGGUGACAAUUUAAAGACCGUUUUUCAUGAAGAAAAGCUCGGAAAUCGCUUGCCUGAUGAGCACAAGAUGCCGAUAUUGCUGAUUCCCCUCAAAUUCAAGACGGCCUUCUUCGCCGUUUCCAAGAAUAGCAUUGGCGUAGUCAAGCAUGCUCUUUCUGGCUCUCCUGAGUACGAAAGACUAAGAACUGAUAUGCCAAAACGAACCAAAUUCUACAACGGCAAGGGCGAACCUUUGUGGACGGCAUGGACGCGUCCAGCGCGACUGCGGACAUGGUUUCAGCGAACAGACAUCAUUUUUCUCGCCCGCGAGGACGGUGCCUUUAUCUUUGUGGAUAUCGACCAGAAAGAAAUGGUACCCUCUGUUAUCAAUGUCGGCUGCUUGGAAACCAAUAUCAGUACUGCUUUUGCAACAUCAUACGAUCUCUUUUCUGACGUCUUGAUUGUCGGCGGAGACUCUGGCCCGGGAGGCGUAUGGAAGUUGGCUCCUCGAACGGACCUAGAACAGGUCAAUACAACGCCGAAUUGGUCGCCUGUUGUUGACGUAGCAACGACCUACGAGCCGGUGACGGUGAAAGAUGCCGGAGCACGACAGAGAACCGCCAAUCUUAUGACAAGUCGAAAGCCUGAUAGUAUCUUCACGGCGUCAGGAAGAGGUUGCAAAGGUAGUAUAACGCAGUGGCGCUCAGGUAUUCAGGCGAAAAUCGGACUUGAUAUUGAAUCGGGUGAACCGAACAAGCAAGCAUGGGUAUUCCCCGUUAGUGAAGAGGGCACAACCUCUCUUUUCGGUAUUUUGGCAUUGCCGCACUCAACUCGGGUCCUGCAGUUUGCCAAGGAUUUCGGCCAGGUCCAGGAAAUAGAGGCCGACGAUACUUCGCUAGAUCUCUCGAGUCGUACUCUUUUUGCAACUCAACAACCUGACAACAACAUCUUGCAAAUCACUGAGACAUUCAUCUGCAUCUCUGGUUCUGUCACAAAAUCUCGAACAUCAUUCGAAGAACUACUUGGCACGCCUAGUAUUGGAAUUGACAAAGCCCACGGCAUGGAGAAUACAUUUCUACUGUCUGCACAAGAAAGAGACGGAGCCGAGAUAUCAGUUGUUGGGCAGCAAGCAGCCCGUUUCAAUCUUAUCAUGACUUGGAAAGUAGACGGCGAGAUUACUGCCGUGAGCCUUUUUCGUGUCCUUGGAGAGAAAUUGGCGGGUAUCGCUUCCAUUAGUGAAGGACAGCCGAGUUUCUCUGUCUACACAUUAGACGGGCAGCUUUGUGUCGGAAAACCUUUGAGCAUGGGCGGAAGCGGAGCCGAUACGAUUGGUCUUGAGGCAGUAACGAGCAUCUGCGCUGUGGACGACGAAUCAAACACAUCCGUGCUGAUACUGGGAACUAGAUGUGGCCACAUGAUAACAAUGUCCGUCUCCAAGGAGGAGCCGAGACAGCUCACUUGGAUGACGGAGACUCUAGGAAUCUCUCCAGUAGAGAUAUUCCCUGCACCGCGGUCUUUGCGCUCUGGACAAACGGCCUUUGCAAGCUGCGAUGGAAGCUUGGUGAUGCUCUCCGAUUACUCGGCCCGAAAAGGAUGCUUCGUCACAAAAAGCGCCGUGAUCGCGACGGACUUGAAUGAUAUGGCGAUGCCUUCACCGCCAGUUCACUCCAUCUGCAGCCUCGAUGAGAAUCUUUCAGAGCACGACGGCCAUAUGUCGUUGCUCAUGUUGGCAGGAUCAAGAAUCCUGAUGACAGACAUCUGGCCGCAGACUGGACUGGUGCCUCGAUCGAUGACACUGGAUGGAUCGCCCUCGAGAGUUAUUUACUCAAAGACGUGGAAGUGCCUCAUUGUUGCUUUGAUCAGAAAUGACCGGCCGACACUGGAAUUUCUGGAUCCUGAAACUGGAGCAAUCAUUUCAGACCCAUCGGACAAGGAAAUGAAUUCUUCAAACUUCAUUUCCGGACUCGGUCACGAAGGCGACCGAAUAUACGGCCUACACGAGUGGCUCUAUGUCAAAGACGGGCGAACGUUUUCCUUUAUCCUCGUGACGACCCACCUUGGUCGCCUAUUGAUUGUGUCAUUGAAGCAGGCAGAAGUAAUGACGGAAGAUGGUCCAGUGCAUCGUCUGAAAUACUGGACCCGAUACAAGAAAGGGCUGUCCGGACCAGUGAGUGCCAUCACAGGAGAUGCUGAUGGGCUGAUAUUCUGCGUGGACCGCACACUGCACUGGGAGGUUCUGGACCUGGUUGACAAGAAGCUGAAGCCGAUGAAGGAAUAUCUUUUAGACUCUCCAGCGGUGCAGCUGAAGAUUGUGGAUGGCAAGAUUCAUGCCUUGACGUAUUCAAACUCGCUGGAAGUAAUCGACCAUCGCACAGGUAGCGGAAGCGCCAUGUCAUUGCUUCACACAGACCAGGUGGCGAGGCGAACAGUUCACAUGUUGGAUAUUGGCAGCAACGUUGACGGCUCAGAAGCUGGCCCAGUCACGCUACUGGCAGAUUACAAGAACGGAUUCGCAGGUGUAUGGGUUCCGAAGAGCGAAAACAACCUUGAGCUACGGGCAGUAUUUGAAGGUCUUCUUCCUAGCUCCGUGCGCCGGUUCGUCAAGUGUUGGAGCCGACCGCUGUGGGUAGCUGCGAACCGAGGCGUGCGGUACGGCGCGGUGCGCAGCAGCGAUGACGGAGCAGAGAUGCUGGGAGUAGGGCUUGAUGGUGCGCUGUAUCAGUUCACACUGAUUGAAGUCGAACUCUGGAGACUUUUGUGUCUCAUCCAAACACUGGCACACCGCAGCCCGCUACUUUAUCCUCUCUAUAACCCAGCGAUAAGCGGCGACCCUGGCGACGACGAGGCGGAGCUAGAGCCACAGCUGCAUCCGAGACUGAUGCACAUUGACGGAGACAUUCUGGAGAAAUGCACAGAGGGUCGAAUACUGGAAAAGAUAGUAGGCGAUGGAGACGGGCUCGACUUAUUCUGCGAGUACCUUGAUGGCAUCGAGGGCGGGAUAUGCACGAGCAGCUUUCGGGACAGUAUGGAGGAAGAAUUGCGCUAUAACAAGUACUUUGAAGUGGCGUAUGAGAUAUUGGAAUAUCUCUUGGCGCCAGUUGUAUGA